UCUAUAUCAAACUUAUCCCAUUUGAUUCUUUCUUGAAUACACGCCCUGAAGAAACUAUAAAACCUGCUCUAGGUCAAGUAUAGGAAAGAAGAGGUUAUCAAGGUUUACUUCCUAACAGCGUCAGAUUCGUUGCAUUAUUCGUUCUUGUUUUACUUGCUGAUAUCUCCUGUCAAAAUACGCUUUCCAUUUGAUUACUCGGUUGUCCAGUAUGAAGUGGCUCACUCAGUUGUUUGUUGGCCUUACCUUGGGAUGUGUUAUCCAUACAUCGGCUCACCCUUCCCCCAAUGCCAAGCGUGAUCUCGCCUCCAUCCAGGGCGUCCUUACCGACAUCGGCACUCAAGUGACCAGCCUAGAUACUUCCAUCACCGCUAGCAACCCCGACCCAUCUGCCAUCGUCGCAGGCUCCACUAAACUGGUAUCAACUAUCAACUCUGGAGUCACUACUGUCCAAGCAUCUGCGGUCCUAAGUGACGCUGACGCUCUGGGCCUUGUUGGACCAGUCCAGACCCUCUCUGGUAACGUCAACCAUACUAUUACGGAUCUUAUUUCAAUCAAGAGCAAGGUUGUAUCGCUAGGUUACGGAUGCACCACUCUCAGCCAACUCCAAGAUCAAUUGAAAGCGUCCAACUCUCUGUCCGAUGCAAUUGUGUCAAAAGUCCCAGCAGAACUGCAAUCUAUUGCGAAGUCCCUCGCUGCCGGUAUUUCAAGUGCCAUACAGAAUGGUGUUAAUUCCUACAGCGAUACAUGUACAUCUUCCAGUUCAGCCUCCUUGCCAGGACCCACUGGCUCGCGUCGCCAGGUUCGAAAGGAUACAAGAGCAUUGGCUGUCGAGAAGGUAUUCUAAUCGAUACUGCCGCUUCAACGGCCUGUUAGUGCGCUCGUGUGGGUCACCUUACGUGUACACUACGUCCACUCGUUUGUCCAUAUCAUGAUAGUGAAAGUUUAGUUGAUAGGAUAUUCCUGGCUCUAUUUCUAUGUUGCUCUACCGUGUGAACGGGGCGGGCAAACUAUUGCAGAUACAUAUUAUUCGUCUCUCUAUAUUAGCUACCUAACCCCAUUACAUUGUUUUUGCCGUUUA